AUUCGGGUUUCCAGGCUGUGUUUCGUUUUAGGUUUGUUUUCUAUAGUGGUUGUGUAGCCAUGUUAUUGCUGGGACAGCAAGAGAGUGAUAUCCAGUGUUGCCACUAACGGCAAAACCGUGAUGCGAGUGCUUCAACUCGAGUAAGAGUGGAAACACCUGUGAGCCCAGCAUGCGACAAGCAACGGCAAAAGUAUGACCGAUGGACAUUGGCGGACUUGUGAUAUACCAAACGUUCGAAGGAUAUUUACUUUGAUGAUCUUAUGCUCCCUCAUGACAUUAACUGAAGCAAGAAAACUCAAUUUAAUUCGAAAUUCACAAAGAAAGUGCGCAAAAAUGAAAGCAAAACAUGUGUAUACGACUCCGGAUCCAGGUGGUUCCUACUUUUGGGAUGGGGAUGUCGACACCACCAUUGAGCGCCAUGUGGGAGACAACAUUAAGUUGAACUGUAUGGAUUUAAUAUACGUCAACCCAAUAUUUAUGGGAGACUUGAACUCCCCACCCAUCACCAUGAAGUGGACAAAGUAUGAGAACGACGUGAGGGCGAUAAACCAACAUUACUACCCGUUCGGUUGUAAGAAGAGACCGCUUCUUAUGAAUACAAGACUUUAUAUAAGAAACGCUACGAUGAACGACACCGGUAUCUACUCCUGUCAAGCACACCGCGCAAAUGACACUGAGGUGGUACAGCAAAAGCUCUUCUUCGUCCUAGUUGUCAAUCAAGAAGGACGUUCCGCGCCAAUUACAGAGUUUCCAGUCUAUGGUUCUUCUGAUAUGACGUUGCUUAGCGGAGUUCGGCAUGUCAACUCUACUUCUUCAACGAACCGAUCCCUUCGUUGUGAUUACAUAGUACGAGGAGACUCCCCAGUUCACGUCUCGUGGUCACUUAACGGAACUCACAUAGGUGACCGAACUGAGAUCAGGGUUCGCGGGUCCGGGAGUUACGUGUGUGUUGUCACAAAUGUCUAUGGAGGAUUUCAGAGAUCAUUCAUAGUUACUGACCUUCUCCAUGAGUUCUUGUUCCGGAAAACUGACUUCGUGGUAACGGUUUCGUUGGCAGCAGCUCUGGCCGUGAUUUUGCUGACCGCAGUUUCGUUUUUGCAUGUGACGAAAACGAAGACUCGAAAACAAGUUCCCUGUGGUAGCAACAUGUUUAUAUACUUAUCGGAACACGAUGAGAAGGAAGGCACAGACGAAGAGAACAUAGAUAGCAAGAGAAGUUCUGAUUCCACGAGUCCAACUGUGGAUCUAACAACGUACAUAACGUUCAGUGAUUUUUCCACCUUUUCUGCCGACGAUUUGGAAUUGGUGAAAAAACUAGAAAUGUCACGUGAUAGACUCAUUUGCGACACAAGCCAGGAAUCAUCCAGUUUGUUGGGAAGCGGAUUUUUCGGCCAAGUUUACAGCGGGUCGCUGAAAACGAACGACGAAAACUCUGUCACAGUAGCAGUCAAAGUUUUAAAAGAUGAUUUUCGGGCUCCAGACCUUCGCCAUUUUAUUGAAGAAGCAGCAACUUUGAUUAAAGCAACCGGACAUGAAAACGUCAUUUCCGUUAUUGGCACUUGUGUUUUGGAUGUUUUGACCAAAAACAGUAAUAGUCCAAAUACAUUGACUCCAAUAUUGGUAAUGGAACUUGCGUCCGGAGGAAACCUACGUUCUUACUUGCUCCGAUGCAAGUCUUCUGCGGAGGACCAAGCAUCUGCCUCCUUCUCAAUCCACGACGGCCGGGUCUCAGAACUUAUCUCUUUUGCUUACCAGGUUUCUCUUGGCAUGGAGCAUCUCUGUAGCAAAAAGAUAUUACAUCGGGAUCUCGCCGCCCGAAAUGUGUUACUGACCGAAAAUAAAGUGGUUAAAAUCGGGGACUUCGGGUUGUCGAAGCAUGUCGCGCAGAAAGGUUAUUACCGUGUGUGUAGUCGAUGGGAAAAACCAGCCAAGUGGACAUCCCCAGAAGCUUUAAUGUUUGACAAGUAUACGAUAGCUUCGGAUAUUUGGUCGUUUGGUGUUCUGGUCUGGGAGAUUUUUACGUUUGGUGAAGAACCCUAUCCACACGUGGCGCCAAAAGAUUUGUACGAUGAAUUGAAACACGGAAUGAGGUUACCCAGUCCUGACAUUGCAAAUGAAAAGCUGUACGACGUUAUGCUUUCAUGCUGGCAUUGGAAACCAGGUCAACGAAGUAAAUUUGAUGAGUUAAGUUUUAUGCUAUCCCCACAAGGCGAGGUAGUGCAGAGUUAUCGGUCUCCUCGCGAUGAAUCGCCUUGUCCGUGUGACGUCACAGACGUUGUUACGUCAUCGUCGAGUGGAAGUGGAGAAUCAGCGACAAGCACUUCUGCAUCUACAAGUCAAUCUUCGAAUGAAGUGAAGUCCGUUGAAGAAAUGGCUGCCUGCUCGGAUGUAAUUGUAAAAGAACAUGAAGAUUCCGUGCCUAAAGAACAAACUGUAGAAUUUUCAUAUUACGAUACGCUAGACGGCGCCCUUCCGAACAUUUCAUUCAAAGAAUCACCCGCGCGUGUUAUGUCUGAGCACAGAAGGGAAGUGCCCACUGUUUUGCUGGUCCCUCCUCCUAUUAAACGACAUAAAAAACUAAAGGCAUGCCAGAAAAUACUGGCACCAGCGCCGACCGAACGAUUUCAGAAGACACCGAACGAUUGUUUAAUGUUUGAGAAUCAGUCGUAUAUGAAUUUACGUGGCGAACCUAUGCAGAUUGACAGAAAUAGCGAUGGUGAAUCGGCCCUAACUCCAACUAGUCCAUUGCCCAUAGGAAAAGAUAACGGUGGUGAUUCAAAGGAUUAUUGUUUUUAUGGCGAAGACUUUAAAAGCAUAAACCAACACCGGGGCUUUCCCUUUCACUUAUAUGGUAAAACGACAUCCAAAUUUAAUUAAAAAAAUAAUUUGUUUAAUUAUGACGCAUUCUUGUUUUCGAAAUGUUUUAUUUUUGGAAAUGUAGCGCAAACAAAGUUUAAAAUGACCGAUGGAUUUUACUUUAAUUUUUUGUGUGAACACGCACUGUAAAAGUAUAUUUGAUAAGUUCAUUGUAUUUGUUCUUACUUUUUUACUUUUAUCAGGCUUGAAUAAUUUUUGCAUUACUGUGCAUUAUCUUCCACGAAGCUUAUGCAGCGCUGUAUAAGCUUCCGCGUUCGCAUAUAGUAGGGUUGGGGAACAUAGGACACCUUUUUAUUUAAUUUUCUCGUGUAGUAAACGACUCCCAUAGACCAUUGUUAAUUGUUUAAAACGAUCAGCAUAUUUAGAUAUUAUGUGCUGAAGGUGUCCUAUCCUUGCUUCACCCUACUGGAUAUGAGACGCAGAUUCCACUGCUGGCAAACUGUACACUUUUUAUGGUUCACCUAGAAAAGUCUAUAAUUUUAGCAUUGUUUCUACGUGGCAUUUAUUCUAUCAUGCGAAUGUUUUAUAACAUUUGUCUGUUUGUAUUACUAUUUACGUGUUUUUAUAAUAAGUUUUUACAUUUGCGUGUUCUGUUUGUCUUUUUUUAUAAACUUUAAAGUCAAUCAAAAUAAGUUUCUUUUACGUUUUACACAAAAGUUACCGAACAUUAACUACGACAUACUUUGUACAAAGCAAUUGCAUUAUUUUAUUAUCGCCUACGACAUCAGACGUUUUUGCGUAUAAAUUACAUACCACAUUUGUUAAGAUUAACGUUCGUUUAAGUUUAUUAAACCAAUUACGGUCAAAUA